UGUCUUCUUCGUUCUUCUCAGGAACAAAUUUUAAUUCAUCUUACGUACACUUGUCUUGUAUAAUCUUUCGAUCUCUUGAGGAGAGUAACAAGUAGCAACACUCAACAUUAAUGGGGAACUACGCUUCAUGCGCUCUCAACAAAACGACACCGUCGUCACACUCGUCAUCACCGUCGGCCAAAGUGAUUCUCCCGGAUGGUGGGGUGCGUGAUAUCCACGCGCCAACCAAGGCAGCCGAGCUCAUGAUGGAGAUGCCAAGCUAUUUCCUGGUCGACGCCAAAUUCUUGAAAAUCGGCCGGAAAUUUAUCCCACUCGCCGCCGACGACGACCUCGACCUCGGAGGCUGCCAUGUGUACGUCGUUUUCCAGAUGAUGCGUGUCACUUCCGCAGCCAACGCCUCCGACAUGGCUCGGCUCUACCAAGCCGGCAAGAAACGCGCCAAAAGCGUUGACAAUAGGAGAGUGUCUCCGGAAGAGGAAGGUGAUGACGUAAGGCUGAUCGGGCCGAAGCUGAAUCUUGAAGACAUAGAAGAGUUCUCGGCGGCGGAGUUUAUUCAUCGUAUCUCUGUUUCCAAAUCUAAGAAACCACAGUUGGAGACCAUCGCUGAAGAAGUGCCCUAACUCAACGAAACGAUCCCUUUUUUUUUCUUUUGUCUUUUUCUUUUCAAUAUGCUAUUUUUAGUUUUCUUCACCAAAGUGUCGCUUUUGUGGUAUUAAUGUACGGAAGCAGACAUUAUUAGUUGAGAAUUGGUAUUAUGUGAUUACAUUAUA